AUGAGCAAUAAUAAAGCUUCUGUUAUGAACGUAGCUGGUGCUUCAGUAUCUGAGUCUAUUCUUGCAGCAAACGAAACAAGAGAUAUUGUAUUACCAAACCAAACAGAACACGUUGCCCAUAUAGCUGUUGACAUUGGCGGUUCACUAGCAAAGAUAGUAUACUUUACUUCCUCGGCAGAAAACAGAUCAGGUGGUCGACUCCACUUCAAAAAAAUCGAAACAGAACGAAUCGACGAGUGUAUUGAUUUUCUUGCGGAACUCAUGGCAGAUGCUCGUAUGUUAAAACCCGACAAUAAGAAUCUCGUCUUGAAAGCCACUGGAGGGGGUGCUUAUUUGUUCUACGAGAAACUUAAGGAGCGCUUACCAGGAGCUAUUAUUCAAAAAGAAGAUGAAAUGGAUUGUCUUAUUACAGGAUUGAAUUUUUUUAUUACAGAGAUACCCUAUGAAGUCUUUACUUAUAAUGAGCAAGAAGCAGAUCCAAUGCAAUUCGAACAAAAGGCACAAAACAUCUACCCGUACAUGCUUGUUAAUAUUGGAUCUGGUGUCAGCAUAUUGAAAGUGACAGGUCCUGAUGAGUUCUCGAGAAUUAGCGGUACUUCUCUUGGUGGAGGUACUUUGUGGGGCUUAAUGUCACUAUUAACCAAAGCAACUUCAUUUGAUGAAAUGCUGGAGAUAUCCAAAGAUGGUGACAACAAAAAUGUCGAUUUACUUGUGGGUGAUAUCUACGGUACUGAUUAUACCAAGUUGGGCCUCAAGGCAACCAAGAUUGCUUCGAGUUUUGGUAAAGUCUUCAAGAAGGGUGUGCAACAAUCACAGGAUAACUUCAACCCAGCUGAUAUUGCAAAGAGUUUGUUGUUCAUGGUCAGUAAUAACAUUGGACAAAUUGCUUACCUCAAUGCCAAACAACACAAUUUAAAACGUAUUUAUUUUGGUGGAUGCUUUAUCCGAGGCCAUCCUAUUACAAUGAAUACACUUUCUUAUGCCAUUGAUUUUUGGUCUAAUGGCGAUAUGAAAGCCUUGUUUUUAAGACAUGAAGGGCACUUGGGCGCAACAGGCGCUUUCUUAAAGCAUUCUGUUAUUCGUAGAGCACGCCACUCGUUUUCUUUCUCUGAAAACAAUUUUGUUCCUGUAAUCAAUCCCGAUCCUAAAGAUGUAUAUGGUGUAUUAGAAGAAACGAAUGUUGAGCUUCGAGCACCCGAAAAUGAAUCUGAUUUGACUAAAGAAGAGAAAUAG